UCCGCCGACACCGUUGUUCGAGAUCCGUUCGAGAAAGUCUCGAGUCGCGGACCGACCGUUUACCCACGUUCGCGGUACAAAAUUUUGAUAAUAAAUUACCGUAAUUUUCCGUCUCCGUGGUCAUCGCGAACCCGGUAACACUAUACAAUACAUUAUACUCCUGCACGAGAAAUUAUAGGACGGCGGAACCAACCAUAAUAUAAUGGCGCAUUCACUGCGGUUGAUCACAUACCUGGUGCCCAGCCACCCCGUUGAGUUGUACGAGUGCAUCGCCCAUUUCCUGGAAGAACAACUGCACGUCAGCGCGACGCUCGUCUACGAAUCCAGAGACCCCAUCGGCUUGUACAACGAUGACUGUCCCGAUCCUUUUUGCCUGAAAGAAGUGGACAUAGGUUUUUUAAGCCCGACACAGUACUUGAAGAUGAAAAGGUCGAAAAAAAUCGAAUUGCUGCCGAUUACUCCUGUGUUCGUUCAUUCCAAUAACGCGGCACAAAAACCAGGAUACUUCGCGGACAUCAUUAUGCACACAAAUGCCGAGAAAACCGUUAAGUCGUUUCUGGACCUGAGAGGCUGCAAUUGGGGAUAUACGGGAGACAAUUCACUCAGCAGUAGCGUUUCCAUACAGAAGUUGCUCAGGUUGCAUGGCGAAAACUCGUCGUUUUUCGGCAACACGAUAAAGACCGGAAAUCAUUUAUUGACAGUGGAGAAGGUGAAAGAUAAACAAGUGAUUGCCGCAGCCGUUGACUCGGUGGCCUUUUACAAUUACAAAAACGUUUUGCAUAAAGACUCGGACGACAUAAUCAUUUUGCAAAGCAUCGGGCCGCUGCCUCCGUACGCAAUUGUCUGCGGGAAAAACUUAAACGGAGAUCUGAAAUCGAAAAUCGCGAAUGCUCUGUUGAAAGCCACGACUUCUUUGCCAUGGAAAGCGAAAUUCGAGAAGUUCGGUCUGAUCAAAUUUGCGGAAAACUCUUCCAGCGCAUACUCUGAACUAGAAUUCAGCGAGCCUCUGGACGGAAAAGGGUUAUCAUCGAUUUAUUAUUGAGGAUACGAUGGUACACGUAAAACAACUGCAUCAUAGUAAUACCGUGAUCCACUUAUCAAUCAAUAAUCAUCGUUGGCUUUAAAUCGGACGAUCAACAGUUUUUUAUUUAUUUAAUAUUAUACUCCGCUUUAUAUUUUAGAGAGAAUUUUAGUUAAAUUAAUUAUACUAGA